AUAAAUAGGCGGGGUUUAUGAUUUGUGGCAACUUGUGACGAACCUACGGAUGCCGCAGUAAAAUUGGUCGCGCUUGCGCAGUCCCGUUCCUCUUUUUCCUGGAAGUGCCCCUAAUCCAUCGCACCAUGGCAGACACUGAUCUUGACUUCACCACCGGAGAGUCUGGCGCCUCCGCCACCAUUCCUAUGCAGUGCUCUGCCCUGCGAAAGAACGGCUAUGUGGUGUUGAAGGGACGCCCUUGCAAGAUCGUGGAAAUGUCCACCUCCAAGACAGGAAAGCACGGACACGCCAAGGUUAACAUGGUGGGCAUUGACAUCUUCACCAACAAGAAGUAUGAGGACAUGUGCCCCUCCACCCACAACAUGGACGUGCCCCACAUCAAGAGGAAUGAGUUCCAGGUCAGUGUGAGCUCCCUUCCUGCCCAGUGAAGAUUUUCCUAUGCC